ACAAACUGAUUUAAAGCAGUGGUUUUCACUGGUUGUUGUCACAUGGUUUAGGAAAAAAUUAAAAUAAAUUCAGACUGAGAAAUGACUUAAUAAUCACCAGUAAACUAUUUAUUAAUACAUAUUGUAGUAGCUGCAGCUAUAAAACCAGCAUCAGAAGAGAUUUAGUGUUUCUGAGGUUCCUGACUCUAAAACAACCAGAAGAAACCGCAGCUUUAAACAUGUUCAUGUCAUGUUAGCAGGAUUUUACAGUCAUGUAAAGCAGACAGUCCAGACUCUUCCAGUUCACAGGUGUAAUUUAUCAGGACAUAAUGAGAAAUUAUCUGGUCCUCACCAGCUCUGAAAAUGAAGUUAAUACACCAUCAGAUAAAAAAAUACACAUCUCUAACCAUGCUGUUAUUUAAUGAACAGAAACAUUAAAUCUGAUGAAAAACAAGUCACAUUGAUCCUGUCCUGAUAUGUUAAACUUUAGAAAUGAAAGAGUGGACUUUGUUUUACCAGGACUGUUAAAUCCACUAGGUCCUGAUGGCCUGAAUGGAGUUAAAUGUGAUGGAAGAAGUGUUCAGUUUCAUGGAGUAAAGCUGGAUGACGUCUUCAGAGAAAAAUAUGUUCUGAUCAGUCAGCCUGUUCAUUUUGUAUGUUAAGAUAAUUUUUUACAUCCUGGUAUCACAAGUAAAACUACAAACCAGUCUAGAUGUGGAAAACUCAGGGUGUGUGGUGGUCAGGAUGCUGGAAGCUGAUCAGGUAUUUUAUAAAGCCAACCAUCUCCAGAGAGCAGAAGAUGAUCUCACACAGAAAAUCUCUUUUUUUAUCCACAUAUGUUCUCCUGAAUUCAUCUUUCUUCUGGGAGAAAUUCCUGAUCCUGGAUUUUAAUGCCUGUAUUUGGUUUGCUGUGAAAGAACCCCUAUAAAAUCUCAGCCAAUAGAAACAGACGUAAUGCUGACAUCACUACCAGCUCAGAGUAACCAGACCCAGUAACCAGUAAUCAGAGUAACUAACACGUGUUGACUUUACAAAGUGAGACAUGACUCAGCAAAUCCACCAUCAUGUGAUCAGCCAGACUGACUCAGGCCUAAACUGUAGAUUCACUUCUAAACUUAAACAUGAAGAUUUAUCCUCUGACUCUCUGAGCUGAGCUGGUCCAGGUGAUCUGCUGAAGCCAGACUCUCCUCACCUGGAGGAAACUCUGUCAGGCUGAGAGAUUGUUGGCUGCUUCCUGUGCUUCUGCUGCGACUCCCGAGAGAACGGGUUUCAGGAUUCCUGCGUGUCUGGUGUCCUGUGUCCUCCACCUCUCUUCCCCUCCCCAUCUACCUCUAUCAUUAUUGGACGCUCUAUCUUUCCUGUCACUCUAGUGCAUAUCUAUCUAAUUAUUGGACUCUAUCUUGUAUCCCAUCUAUCCCUGCUCUAUCUAGGGCAACAAGGCCCACCCUCUAUCUUGUAUCCCAUCUAUCCCUGCUCUAUCUAGGGCAACAAGGCCCACCCUCUGUCUUGUAUCCCAUCUAUCCCUGCUCUAUCUAGGGCAACAAGGCCCACCCUCUGUCUUGUAUCCCAUCUAUCCCUGAUCUGUCUAGGGCAACAAGGCCCACCACACAUGAAACCUGUUUUUGAACCUUUUUACAAGAAUUGAUUGUUUGGAGAUUGAUUACAAGAAACUUGAUAUCUUAUCUUCUGUCUUAUUGGACUCUAUUUUUGGACUUUCUGAUAUUUGCAUAUAAACUCUCAGCAGUGUAGAAUUCCUGGUGAGAUCUAUCUGUUCUAAUCCUGAGAGCAUCUCCGCCCUCACGCUCUAUCUCUCCGCUGUUCUGUCCUAUCCUGCACCCUUGCACUUAGAAUUGGAAACAACUAAUUUAACUAGAAAGCAUUGCUAUACAUCAUAUACAUUCAGAUCUGACAAACAUUUAACAUUCAGUGGACCAAAGAAAAAGAACAUUAUUUUAAAUAAUAUUCUGUACAAAUUUACUACAUACACAGAAAAUUUGGAUUGACUUCAGAGAUAUUCCAUACUUUAUAUCAUUUUGUUCAUUUGAUAGAGAUCAGCUGUACUUAUUGAUCUCCAAGUAACACAUCUUUAAUACAGCACUUAAUACAGUAAUUUAUAGUUCACUGUUGAGACAAAUCUACAAAAAUCCUAAUUGGAUUAUAGUAAAAUCCAGAGCACUGUCAUUUAUCUCAGUUUGUUGCUGAUCCUCAUUCUGGACUAACUGAAGGUUUGUGAGCUGUAAGUAUUUGUGCUGCACACAGUUAAAGUUUAUUUGUGUUAAAAUAUAUAAAUAAAAGUAAAAGAUAACCACUAGACGUUCCUGGAGUGUGUUUAUUUCCAGAGAAUCAGCUCCUGUGCAGCUGCCACUGAACUCACUGCAGGUUUGUUAACGUCUUGCUAUAAAAGACCACAUCCAGCAUUGGAGAAGCAGUCUGCUGUCUGUCCUGAGCUGAACUGACGAGGAGAGGAAGCCAGAGACCAGAAGCCAUCUUCGUCCCGCCACUGUCACUGCUGGUGCUGCGUUCCAGAUUUGCGUCAUAAAAGUCGAUAUAAAACAGUCACAGAUCUGACUAGAGCUUAGUGUCAUAUCUAAAACAUUAUUAAAUUCAUACAGUUCUAUCUAUUGGCAAAACUAAGAGUAGCAUAAAACCAAAGAAGUAAUCUGGUGUAACAUCUGACGUAACUGAUCUCUAUAUAUUUCUGGGUAUUAAUUCUUUGUAAAACCUCUCCUAGUAAAAGUUACCGGUUUAGUUUAACAGAUUCUAGCUUAUUCAUCUAAUUCAGAAUAAUUUUUUAAGAUUUAAGGACAAAGAACUUGGUUAAUUUACAGUUUGAACAGUAAAUAUUUUGGGGUGUUCUUGCAGUGAUUACAUUUCCCUUUAAGAGUUGGUGCAUAUCAGAUUAUUUUCAAGUGAAAACCUAGUUGAUUAUUCACACCCAUAAACUUUAUAACACAACUGUUUUAAUAGUUUUGGGUCAACUGAUAAAAUACUAGCCGACUGUGAAGCCUAAACAUUAUAUUUACUGGUAUAAUUUUUGAAUAAAUACUGAGAGAAACCUUUCAGUAUAUUGCAAGUAGCACAAGCGUUUGAAAAUAAAACCUGAAUAUUUACUUGUCUUAAAUUUGUGGAUUUGAAGAACAACAAUGCCAAGACGUAACCAGAAGUCUCAAGCUCAGAAACGCAGAUGGAAGGAGCAGAAAGAAGGAAAAGGUGAACAAGCAGGUAUCACUUCUCAGAGCACCAACCAGGUAAACGUGUCUGUGCCAUCCACUGAGAGAUCUCCACCUGCAGUUCUGGUUUCUGAUGGAAAUACAGGUAUGAACGGAUCACAAAGCAAUGCUCCCAGUGUAUCACACGUCUCAGCUACACAGCAGAUAAAUCAGACACAGCCACAGAUUUCUUAUGCUGACAUGGUAAAGAGAGGAAAUCCCAGAAAUAAUACGCCUGUUGUAGAGUCUUCUAGUGCUCAGCAAAUAAACAGCAGACAUCAGACCAGUUCCUCCACUUCACCACCAGCUUCUGAUGGUAAAACUGUCAUGAAUACUCCCCAGCAUGAUGCUUCUAAACACCAGGUAAACCAGAGUGUACCACGGGUAUCUUAUGCUGACGUUCUGAAGAGAGGACUUGAUGCAGCUGGACCAUCUCAUGAACGCAGAGUAAACGUGGAACCUCAACCAUCUGUGACACGAGUGUGUGCUCCAAGGAGUCAGGAUUCAGUCAGAUAUGGAGUUAAAUCUAGAAACAAACAAUGUGUAGCAAACAGUUUGAUGUUUCUGUCGUUUCUCCAUGAGGAUGAAAACGUUACCAGAGCAGAUCUUCAACGUGUUUUGGAUAAAGGUGAUGGACUGUACCGACAGAUCAUACAGAGGUUUCCUGGUAAUGCCUAUCUUGCUACAGAUGAAUUACCUGAACAAGUAAAAGCACGAAAGACUAAAUACCACGUAGACCUGACUCAGCCAUCUUAUUAUGGGAACUUUGGAGGUGUAUGUGGUCUUCAGAGUCUUGAGACCGGACUGAGCCGUUUGUCUUCAGAUAUACAGUAUGCAGUGCUCAUCAUGGGCGGGUUAUCGAUUGCAGUUUUUCGAACUACUGAUGGUCGUUUCGGCUUUUUUGACCCACAUCGAAGAACCAAACAUGGACUGCCAGUACCACCAGGAAUUUACAACAUUGGGAGCGCUAUAAUGCUGAUAUUUACACGCCACCAGCUCUUUCAGUCUGUCACCUGGUCCAAACUUGUUCAAGCACUUCUCAAGCUGAAGCAGGUCCAUCCCCAGUAUCAGGAUAUUACUAUCCGAGACGAAGCUGAACUCUGUGAUCCAACACUUCCUGAUGCAGACGAUGAUGAUGAUGAUGAUGUAAGCAUGGGAGAGGAUGACUAUGAUGAAGCUGAUUUGCUGGAGAUUGACAUGAUUGAGAAAGAUGCACUGUGUGAUGCAGAAAAUGAGCCUCAAAGUGAUCAGGACAUGCAGAGUGACACUGAAGCGGAACACAGAGAUGAUGCAGAACCAGAUGAGCUGCCAAAUGGAGGUUUUGCUAUAGAAUCGUGUCUUCAGCCUGUUGACAUAUCAGAUGAGAUUCUCGGUUACACCGAUAGCAUCUACUGUGUUGCUCCAGCAGAAAGAAAUGAUCCAGUCAGCUUUUUCAAAACACCAAAACUCGAAGCCAUAGCGUUUCCCUGCCAAUUUCCUACGGGUCAGAACACCAUAGAUGAAGCUCGAGAAACAUAUGUCACACCUAGUGGAUAUUUCAAGUCCAGACUUUUCCACAUUGAUGAGCGGUUUGCUAGAGAUCCUAAUUAUCUGUUCUUUGCACAAUUUGUCACUGAAAUUCACUUGGCCAAUUCCAGCAUGAUGAUGGCCUGA